CGAGCUGCGGUUCUCUCUCCUGAAUCCGGGGCCCGUUCGCUGCGGACAGGCCCAUUUUGACUCGGAUACCUGCCACCAGGUGGCUCCACUGGCAGUACCCAUCAGCGGCAGGCAGGAGCAGUCUUCGGGGCGCUUUCGCACCGCCAGCAUCGCGUGUGUGUAUUCUCUUUGCCGUUUCCGCGUACGUUCGAGUACCGUGGCCCUACGGUCCUGUGAAAACGUUCGUUUCGGCAACGGGCGAUAAUAAGCGGGAACAUGUGACGCGCGACAUGUGUGCCCGACAUCACGCACUCGUGAAUACCGGGGUCGGAUACUGAAGGAACCACCGGGAGUGCAUUCACGACAGUCGCGACAUUGUCAACAAGGACAAGUCAGAAAAUCCCGAUUGCCUUGCCAAUGAUCUCGGCAGAACGCGGAAGACGCGCGUUCCAGAGUCUAAUCCGGAACGAUUCAAACGACGGUGGAGGAUGCAGCAACAACAGCAGCAACUGCUGCAGCAGCAGCAGGAGCAGCAUCAAGAACAGGAACAGGAACAACAAAGACUCGUAAUGGUGCCAUCGUCCACCUCCUCUUCUUCAUCGUCAUCGGUCUCGUCCUCGGCUACGCUCGCAACCGAUCUGCGCGAUGUCGACGUCACGGGCCUCACGACGACCGGCUCCGAAUUGCCGAAUCUGGCGCUUCAGAGUGUCGCCUUGCGGCUCCAAGGUGCCCUCCUCUCCGCUCUGCAACGGGCAGCGCUCUUGCCGCCGGGACACGCAGCCGCGGCGGCCUUGAAUCUGCAAGCUCUGGAGACGUAUCUGACGCUUCAUCGACUUCACGCGAGCGGUGCAACGUCGAGCGGCGUCGGGCCGACGUCGAGCACCGCCACGACGGUCGCCGGUAAUCAACGAUGCUCGUCGCUGAAUGCGAACGUCAAUGCGACCCUGAACCCAUCGACCGUCAGGAACGAUAAUCAUCUGACGGCUGAACAGCUGCUCCGAUCUGCCGCUUCGAUGAGCGAGGACGACGAGGCGCGGUUGGAUUUUGUUACCGAGGCCGAAGAGGACCUGGCGCUUCUCGAGGAGGAAGAGUUGCUGCUGCGCGAGGCAUCCGCCGUGGCCACCUCAUCCGCGAACCAUGAGCUGCUGCUGCGGCGGAUAUCCGAGGGAAGUCGAGUGGGCACGUCGACGACAACGGUCACCCAAUCGUCGUCGUUGAUCGCCCCGCCGUCUCUCGCUCCGUCAUCAGCUUCCUCCGGUUGUUCCUCGACCUCAUCUUCCUCGUCGUCCUCCUCAUCAUCCGUGCAACAGGCUUCGGUCACGGUGGACUCGAGUGUACCAAGGACUUGCCGGACGUCCAGACCCAAGAAGCAGUUUAUCUGUAAAUUCUGCAGUCGGCAAUUCACCAAGAGCUACAAUCUGUUGAUCCACGAGAGGACGCACACCGACGAGCGCCCGUAUUCGUGCGACAUAUGUGGCAAAGCCUUCCGACGGCAGGACCAUCUGAGAGAUCACAGGUAUAUCCACAGCAAGGAGAAACCAUUCAAGUGUGCCGAGUGUGGCAAAGGAUUUUGUCAGAGCAGAACCCUGGCGGUUCACAAAAUUCUCCACAUGGAGGAGUCACCGCACAAAUGUCCCGUCUGCGCCAGGAGUUUCAAUCAGAGGAGCAACCUAAAGACCCAUCUUCUCACGCACACGGACAUUAAGCCGUAUCAUUGUGCCUCCUGCGGCAAGGUCUUUCGCAGGAAUUGCGAUCUGAGGAGACACUCGUUGACUCACAAUCUGGGGGUACCAUCGUCGCCACCGCCGCCGGGUAUACCCGUUUCCGGUUCGAGCACCAUCGUUCUUCAAGAGACGUCUUAGUCCCUCUACGUAUGGAUAUAUCGAGUCCUCCCUGUUUAUCUCGGUCGAUUCACGAGAUCUCGUCUGCAUCUCGCGCGCUUUCUCCCAAGCCAAUUCGCCGCAAUUGUAACGCCACAAGCGUAAUUUGGUUUCCCGCAAUUUCCAGGAUCUGCGAUCGAUCCGAAUGAUCGAUUCGGCGAUCGCGCCGCGUUGUCGGUACGAUUAACAUCUCUGUGCGUGUACGCCAACUUUCGACUUGUAUUCUAUCUGCCCUGCACUAUCUAUCAUCGUUAGCGUUUAGAGCGUAAUCAUUGUUAUGUACAUCGCGAUAAUGCGGAUAUCCACGUCCGUUUAGAUCUGUAAUUAUUCUGUGUAUGCGAGAUACGCGGUACAAGUAUUCCGAAUAACGUAUUACCUACUGUACUAUACAUUACGUGUUUCCGUUGUGUUCUGUGUCUGUACGUGUGUGUAAAAUAAACAUUUAUUAUUAUUUUUUAA